CUUGACUUGAUGAGCCGGGAAGGAAUCCAAGGUGAGGUUUCCAGGGAAUUACGCAGCGUGAAAACCACACCGGGAAAGUGUUUCAGGUUUGAAAUCAUAUCCGGUGCUAAUGCGCACAAUCAGAUUUUUAUUUGGGGACAUCUAGAAGAAAAAUUUACUUUCUUUGCAGUCAUGGAGCGCACAGCAUUGGCCCUGUCGCGCGCCGAGCCCUCGCCGCGAGCAGCGCGUAAAAGCGAGUGGCUCCGGAGCGCUCUGGCCCAUCACCACUCCCCUGAUCCCGGCGUGGAGAACGAAAUCGUCGUCCUGGCCACUGGAAUAGACCAAUACCUGCAGGAGGUCUUUCACCACUUGGCCUGCCCCAACCGGGACGAUACGGUGACGGCAGAGGAUUUCACCGCGCUGUGCGCAGUGCUGGGGCUCACCGGGGCGGGAGGGAGGACGAGAAAAGGAAAGGACGGAGCUAGAGAUGGAGAUGGAGAGAAAGAUGUGGAAGAUGAAGAGUCUAGGGAUGUCUGCUCUGGGCUGCCCUGCCAGCUGUCCUUUAAAGACUUCCACUCGCGGCUCUGUGGGUAUUUCCGUGUGCGCAGUGCGCGUAGAGGCACCGGAGAGUGUGCGUGGCGCUUGCCCCUUACUGAGGCGACGGAGCUGGUCGAGAGACAGAUCCGGCUCCGCUGGCCGCGUGUCAGGCGCAGAAAGUGUGUCAGUUUUGACCUGACGAGGGCCCAGGGUGUACCUGUAGACACAUCUAGCAAAGGUCGAGCCACAGAGGACCGUGAGACAGAUGAGGUAUCAGCUCUGAGGGAGCUGGUGGAGGACCUCCGGUCGGCGCUGCAGGGGAGCGAUGCUCGCUGUCUGGCCCUGGAGGUGGCACUCCGACGGGAGAGGAGCCGCACCCUCCCUUCUCCCUCCAGCUUUAGCUCCACUGUUUCAGCUCCUACGACUUCCAUCACCUUCAUACAAGGAAAACUGGUAGCAACACACAGAAUUAAAGGACAGUGCAGUGGUGCUGGAGGAGACGCGGCCAGGACGCUGGCGAGGAGACAGGAAAUCAGGGACCCCCUUCUGAGGGAGCUGAAGCUGAUCCGCUCCUCACGUGACGGGCAGCUGGAGGAGGCCAUCAAAUACAAUGAGCGCCUGGAGAAGGAGCUGCAAUGGGCGUACCAGGAGGUGCACAAGCUGCAGGGGGUGGAGUCUGCACUGAGGAAGAAGAACGCUCAGAUCAGGAAGCGGGCGGAGGAGGCCAGGGAGGCUCUGAGCUUGGGGCUACAGAGGGUUCGGCUGAUCCAGGAGAAGGCUCAGUCUGUGCCACAGCUCCAGUCCAGGAUCACCCAGCUGGAGACUGAACUGCACCAGUACAGGUCCUGCUGUACCUGCCUCUUUGACUCCUCCCGUCAACAAAUGUAUCCAUUGGGAGCAGAAGACACCUGUAGGAAGACAGAUGCCGAGUGUCUGCAGAGAGCAGUAGAGGGGAGAGCUGCCUCUGAUGAAGAGGAUGACGACAGGGGGCAGAGGGACGAAGGACAGUGCUGCCCGUUAGAGGGGAAGAAGCACAUCAGCCGACCGCACGGCUGUGGAAAGGGGUGUCAGAACCCAAUGGUCCAUCACCUCCUCUCUCGGAGUCAGCUGCAUAAUAAAAAGCUCAUCGGCACUUCUAAAGACAGGAGGGGGCGCUGCGGUUGGAGGGGAGAAAACCAAGAGCAGCUUGAGGGAGGCAGAGAAAAGAGGCCCGAGGACGUGGCGGACAAGACAAGGCUGGAGGAGGAAGAAAAGACACGGCUGUUUUUGCUGGAGGAGAAGCUCACGGAUGCCCUCACACUGCUGCUGCAGCUACGCAACAAGAACAUGUCCCGCAGGGCCCUGGGGAAGAUUGUGAUGGACACUCUUGAUGUCUGCAGUAGGAGUGGAGAUGGUCCGUCCAGGGUCCUACAGGUAGCUGAUGCUCUCUGCCUCCGGUUGUCCUCCAGUGAUCUCCUUGGAGAUGCAGGGGAUGAUGGAGGAGGAGGAGAGAGCAGAGAGAAGCUCCUAGUUACAUCUUCUGGCCAUCAAACCAGCAGCACCAACUCUCUGCUCAUCUCCUGUUAAAUAACUUCGGCUUGUUUUACAUGGGUGCCCAUGUAAGUUGUGUAUCCCAGAUUUUGAAACUGAUUCAGUCUAUUUAAGGAUGAAUUU